AACUACCGGAUAUUUCCUUUGCUUUGGACUUGAUGACUGGGAGGAAAACAUUGAAAUUCAAACAAGGCGUGGAACGGAGAAUAGAUUCUUCAUCAUCCUUGAUCCCCAAUGGAUCAUAUCUGCCUUCAAAUGCAUCAUCACAAGUCCAAAUAUAAAACAAAUUUGUCUAUUAAGGAAAAAGAAGACUGGAAAGCAUAUGAGGAAUCUGGGGAACUACCAGUAGAAGUCAUGGAAUCUCUGUUUGAAAAGGAAACUGACCAGCAGUUCAUUGAGAAAUUCCAGUUCAUCUGCAUUGUGAUGGAAACCCUCGGUCUCAUUUCAAGUCCAUUGCUGGACAGCGAGGAGGAAUUAGAAAUAUACAUCGUCCCUUGUAUGCUACGAGCGGCAAUUCCAAGUCGGAUCCAACCAAUCCUAGACAAACCCUCAACUGUCAAAACGCCUGUCCUCUGUGUCAAAUUUGAUAAAGACUUCAUCCCGCAGGCUAUAUGGGACAAAAUUAUUGCGAAAUGCAUACACAGAUUUAAACCAAUGGAAGAGGAUGGGUACGAUCAAACGGAUUUCAUACAACGAGGAUUCGUUUGUUUGGCAGUUGAUAGUUUGUGGAAGGUCGUCCUGAACUGUCAUAAAAAUGCUAUGAUAGUAAUUCUGUUUACACGGAGCAAGUCUCAAAUUCCUUCUGGAAAAGGCGUGAAAUUCCGGGAAUUUUUAGAUUUCUUGCUUCAAACAGUGCUUGAGAUGAAUCAUCAAGGUCACUUCAGAUACAGCUACUACCUCCACAACGACUACGAGUUUUCAAAGAACGAACAAAUGGUUAAAGCAGAAGACCUCUCAGAAUUAGAUGGCAUUUUCUGUCGAGGUGGAAAAGGGGAAAGCUGUCUAAGUAAAAAGGACUAUGAUAUCUGGUUUCAGCCAAUAACAGAGGCACAGACCAGUGUCAAAACAGUUGAUGGACUCCCUGUCCAUUUACCCGAAAGAAAACCAUCACCCAAAGAAUUGGGAAGGAUCAGCAAAUUUAUCGGGAUAUAUCAUCUAUCCUUUUUCAUGGAGCUAGAGUGUCCGAUUGACACGGUAGAUCGCUUCUUCCUAGAUUACCAAAAAAUUUCUCGAAGAGUUCCAAUUACCAAGAGCAUGGUUGCAUUCUUCAAUAAAACGCCGAAACGUGGAUUUUCACACAUCGCUUCAGCUAUGACGGAAGGGGGCAUGAAUAUAGAUCUUCAAACUAUUCUGGAAGGAGCUAAUCGGGAAGAUCUACUUGAUGACUUUGAUGUUCCAGAGAAUCUUUUACAAAGGCCAAUGUCAAUAGACCAUGUGUCGAUCGUCUCAGAUUUCAUAUCACCCAGAGAAAGUUACAUCCUAUUUUUGGAGCUUGGUUUGAAAGAAACUAUCAUAGAAAGAGAGGAGGUUAGUUGUAUCAAUAUACAGGAGCAAAUAACGACGCUGCUAGAGCUGUGGAUCAAGGUUGAAGGAGAAGCGGCAACUGUUAGGAAGCUUCUACAGGCGAUGGCAGAAUGCGACAUGGACAUACAAGGUCUCGUAAGGUCAAUUGAAGAAAAUAUCUAAGAAAUAUGGUAAUAUCGUCAUAUCAUAUGGUCUUGGCAGAGAUAUUUCCGGCUGGAAGAGAUGUCAAUGCAUAAGACGAAACAAAGAUACCUUAUUUGUUAAUCAUACAAUCAGGUACUUUAAAUGUGUGUUUUACCAUCUGGAGACGACCGUCAUAAUUAACCGGACAAGGUACAAUCAGCAUACUUCGACUACAACACAAAACCGUGCCUCCACGAAAACUUUUGAUGUCAUUGAGUAAUAUUCGUGUAAUGUACAAGGACUAUACAUAUGGAUAUGUACGAGGACUAUAUCUAUAUGGAUGUGUACAAGAACCAUAUACAUGUAUAUGGAUGUGUAAGGGGACUAUAUAUGCAUGUGCACGAAGACUAUAUAUAUGGAUGUGUACAAGGACUAUAUACAUGUAUAUGGACGGAUAGGAUGACUAUAUAUAUAUAUAUAUAUAUGGACGUGUACGAGGUCUAUAUAUAUGGACGUGUACGAUGACAAUAUAGAUUGACGACGUAGAUGAGGACUCUAUAUAUUGACGUGUUCGAGGUAUUUAUAUGUAUGGGCGUGUUCGAAAACUAUAAACAUGUAUAUGGACGGGUAGGAUGACUAUAUAUCUGGACGUGUACGAGGACUAUAUAUAUGGAAAUGUAUGUGAACUAUAUUGCAUUGCUCCUAAGCCAGCUGUUGAAUGGUGUUGUGAUACACUUAGGCAUUAUCUAUGGCAUUAAAGAGAAUGGAUAGAAUUCCAUUGAACACUCUGUAUUAAGCGAAUUUAAGCUGUAUCAGUAUUACGGAAUUAGAUAGUUAAAACAUAUUUAACGUUAACAAUAUUUUUGAUAUUUUGUCCAUCGAUAUUACUCAUAUAUUCAUAUUUAAUAGAAUUGAUAUUUAUUUGAAUUCAACAAUGCUCAUAUCUUAUAACAAAUAGUUCAGCAACCAUUACAAUAACUUGAUUAUAAUUAUUAUACCUAAGGGAGCCAUGAUUUACUAUACGUCUCAUUACCACAGUGACGUUACAACCUAGUGACAAGUAUAGCGUCGUUAUAAAGAUCUGUUGUUGUUUAACGUCUUCAGCAGAAUUUGUACAUUGACUUGGUCUUGAUCCCCUUCCAUUACCACCACACUAUAAUGGGCCAGAUAUGUUGUGUGGUCAGACCUCACCGCCUUCCACAGGGAAAUCAACGUACAACUUAAGGCCAAGCGCGAGACAUUGUCAAGCGGGAUAUAAAGAAGAAGAUUGUAAUGGGUGCAGAUUUUAACUAUUUCCACGUCCAGAACGCCAGGCACAAUAUAGAAAAGAGACAUGUGUCAUAUAUCUCAAAUCUUAGUACCAAUAUUCUCAAUAUGCUGCUCUCCAUGAUAUUGUAAACACGCUUGGUUAUGCUAUCAAAAGAAUAUAACGAGUUUUAAUUUGAUAUACGAGUCAUGGAAUUGGUAUAAAAUUUUGAUAAUUGCCUCCAGUAAAUAAAGGGUUUGAUUAGCUCAUAAAGUCCCUUGCUUAUAGUGCUGAUCAAUGUCAUGUUAAGUACGAUAAAAAUAGUCAACAGCAAUCACUAGUUUAACGUGCUGUUUUACAAAUUGUUUAUUUUGAAUUGUAAUUUAAUAUUAUAAAUGUUGAUUCCAUGUUAUUUAUUGAAUUAACGAAUGAUGAAUGUGGAUUUCGAUGUGUGAAUUGACAUCGUUUCGUUUUAUGGAAUUGAUGACUGGAGUGAAACGCAAAUUAUUUAUUGAAAUGGUGAUGGGAGUAAAAUUCAAAUAUCCUAUUAAAUCAAUAAUUAAAGUGAAAUUGCAAGUAUUAGAUUUAAUUGAUGAUGGAAGUUGAAUGCAAUUAUUUAUUGAAUUGAUGAUCGGAGUUAAAUGCAAAUUAUUAAUCAAACUGAUGACGGGAGAGAAAAAGAAACUAUUUAUCAAAUAAAUGAUGGGAGUGAAAUGCAACUUGUCUAUUGAUUCAAUGAUGAAAUCGAAAUUAAAUCAUUAGAUUGAAUUGAUGACGGGAGUUUAAUGCAAAUUAUUUAUUGAAGUGAUGAUAGAGUGAAAUGUAAAUUAUUUUUGAACCGAUGACGGGAGAGAAAACAAAAAAUAUUUAAUUGAUGGUUUGGAGUGAAAUGAAA